GUGAAUUGGCAAAUGGCCGAAUAAUUUCGGAGGUGUCAAAGUGUCAGCGAAUUAUUUUUAUUUUUCAUUGUUGCUCCACUUUUUCUUUAAUAUCUACGUUUUUGGAGCUGGUUUCAUAAGCGAACUCUAAAAUUUUAUUAAGAAAAACCAUGCCAGUAGAGGAAGCAAACGAGAGCAAGGCGCAAAAAUUGGCCGCCGCACGGAAAAAGUUGAGAGAAUACCAGAAACGUGGCGCUGUGGAUAAUAUCAUAUCAGCCGGUGCACCAGCUUCGUCUACGGAAUCGCAUACGAGUAGUAUUGGUGGAGGUAGUAUCUCAAGCAACUUAUCUGAGGCAUCAGACUGUGACUUACCGACGAAUGGCCACGAAGGUGGAAUUGCAAGUGUACAAAGCACAAUGGCCAACAUAGUUAUGCCAGAAAAUCCCGGUGAAUCUGUAAUACCAACACCAAGUAUAACGGAAGUUGUUGCAACUACCGCACCAACAGUGUCUUCAACCAUACCACCCACUGCCGCUAGUUACUUCCAAGCCGAACCGCAAGUCGCUACACCAACAGUACUUGAUAGUUUUGCGUCGUCAUUAGAUGUUCUAUCCGCUGAGCUCAAAAACGUAGCAACAGAACCAGUACAAUCACAAAAUGUUAACGCCAUUCAGGUGCUUAUAGCUGAAAAGGCUACUCUAACUACCGAGUUGAAUAAAUAUCGUUGCUUAUGCCGGGAGCGCGAAUUGGAAAUGGAAGAGUUGCGGACGCAGCUGAAAGCGACAACAAGGCGUCAAGACGAGUUGGUACAACGUUAUCAAACGCAGCAACAAAACUUGGAGCAAUUCCGUAAUUUGAAUAAUGAGUUGCAGCAUGAAUUAGAGAACUCUAAGGCAAAGCAAGAAGAUCAAGAUUCCCAUUUAGACGAGUUAAAGGGACUACUGGAUGUAAUGCAACAACGGGCUAUGGAAGUUGAACACCAGCUCAAGGAGAAAUCCAAUGAGUUAGAGAUGGCGCAGUUGCGCAUACGUCAGUUGUCGGAUGAGGCCAGUAUGAGCCAGGGUGAUAAUCGUGUGGAGACAUUGACGCAGACUCAAUUCAUGUACGAGCAACAGAUCAGAGAUUUGCAGGCUAUGGUGCAGCAGUUGGCGUACGACAAAGAACAAGCAAACAAUCAAUACCAGAGCUACGUGCAACACCUGAAUGCAGAGAUAAGUAGUUUGAGCGAAAGAAAUUCAGAAUUAAUGGAUGAGUGCACAAAGCAGCAGGAACGCGAGCGUCAAUUGGUUGAUCACAUAAGUGCACUUGAAAAGGACAUACAGAAGAACAUAAGUCGCCAAGAUCAACUAAAAAAAGAAAAAGAUCAGGAAUCCUUUUUCAAUACUGAAUCGCACACCAAAGAGAUAGAAAACUUGAAAGAGCAAAUUAACGAUUUCGAAUUGGAACGUCACGAAUUCCAAUUAAAAGUGAAGUCACAAGAAGAUCGCCUAGAAAUGCUAAACAAUGAAUUACAGGAGAAGCAAAAGAAAUUGGAAGAACUGGAAGAGUAUAUGAGAAAUUAUGCUGCCGAACAGCCGGACAAAACUAAGUUGCUAGCCACCAUGGAAUCGGAUAAAAUCGCCGCUUCGCGCGCACUUACACAAAACGUCGAGUUGAAGAAGCAACUGGAUGAAUUGGAGCUACGCUUCGUACAAUUGACAAAUGAUAAGGUGGAUUUAGUGAAUAAAUUGGACGCAGAAGAGCAUGCCAAUCGGGAAAUGCGUGCAAACUAUACAGAAAUGGAAGAACAGCUGCAUAGUAUUGAUGAGCGCUUCAAAUUUAAGGACGAAGAAAUGAUACGACUCUCACAUGAGAAUAUGGAACUAUCAAACAAAGCGGCAGUGUUGCUAAAUAAACUUGAACACUAUAAACAGGAAAGAAGCAAGGACUUAGCUGCAGGAGGCGACCAUGAAGAACACAUCUAUCAGCACGAACACACGCAUGAAGGAGGGCACGAGCACGGCGAUCACUUAAAUCAUGAUACUGAGAGGAAAGAACACAAGCACAACGGCUGUGAAGAUGAACACGAGCUUGAGCACGAUGACGCGCAUGACCAUAGCCACGCUCACGAACAUGCCCGUGAUCUUGCACACAAUCACCACCAUGAACCACCGCACGUAAAACAGCUAUCCACGAGCAGCAGCAACACCAGCGCACCACAUCUGCCUACCUACGAGGCUGUGGAAAAGUUAGAGCAGCGUUUCACGCGCCUCAUGUCACAAGUGGCCGAUCUUACUGAUGAGAAACAACGCUUGGAGCAUUUGGUGCUACAAUUGCAGGGCGAAACCGAGACUAUUGGCGAGUACAUCACACUCUACCAAACACAACGUCGUAUGUUAAAGCAGCGAGAAUACGAGAAGGCUGCACAAAUGCAGCUAUUACAGCGCGAACGUGAGCAAUUGCGCGAAAGAAUCGCUUUGCUAACUAACCUUGUGAGUAGUCUGAGUGCAGAUCUGCCCCAACGCAUGGCCAUACCAGAUCAGCUCGAUGUGAUUGUCGCGGAACAAGGCGAAACAAGCAACAUCAAGGCUACUGGCGAUAUUGAGACUGAUGCCUCGAAACCUUUGGUUGUGGAAGCCACUGAAGCGCUUGAAAAGAAGCACAGCCAACCAGAGGCCCAAACUUACGAGAAAUUGACUGCAGCCGAAUCGCGGCAGAUACUCACGAAAAUUCAGGAUAUCAUUACAGAAAUAAAUGAGAACACCCAACACAUUCCCGAUGUUGCUACGACACAAACGGUGGAUCAUCUUAAUUGUUGCCUUGGUAAAAUCGAAGUAGUUUAGAGAUAUACAUUGUGGGGUUUCAAUUAUGUAUGUAUGUAUGUUAAUUGUAUUAUUUUAUACUAUGUUAAUCAACUUAUUAAACUUGUAUGUAAUGCUAGAUUAUGCUUGGGCAAACCAAAAAUUGAACGAUUUCGAUUUUUUGCAAACAUUAGCCUUAAUUACAGUAAUGGUAAUAAUUGAAAAUAAAAGAAAUAAAAUAAAUUUGU